AUGACCUUCUUUUCCAACAAUACCCUUAGUCUGGAGCAGACUAUCACCAUCAACUACGUUUCCGCUCACUGCAUGUGCCACAAAAGGCCACUCAAGUGGUACGAGGAACAGCUUGCCCUCAAAGGGCACAUUGGUCUGAGUGACUACCUACGCUCCGAGCUGCCAGCCGACGAAAAAGUACGGCUAAAACACAAUGACAUCGGGACUCUUGCGAACGACCUGAUCUCCUACGUCGGUCGAUGUGGAGCUCAGGGGAAGCCGUUCAGGGUCUUGACCUACCACGACGUGAUUGAGCCUGAUCAUACCAACGAGCUCAGCUACUUUAUCUGGGCCAAAGAUUUGGGCCUCGACAUUGAUACUGAGUCUUGGUCUCCUCACAAAGCCUGGAAGCUUGCGCCGGUCCAGCUGGGUUACCUCGCUGCUCAGACAUGUACCAUGAUAUCUCGGAGCAACACCCCCUGGACAACCUGGCUUGCACAGCUUGUUACGGACCUGAACAAGAGCCUCCACAAUCCUGGCGCUCCCACCUCGCCGCCUCGUACGUGUUUACCACUUCAAACUAGCUUGUCGCUUGAUACUGCCGUUGAUCCCGAACGUGGACCUGUACCCUUCAGAAGCGGUGGUGAAACAGAUGAUGAUGUGAGCUCAGACAAGAUACAGCAUCCUUCACCGGAACCUCAGAAAAGAGAUUGUGUCAAGCUUCGUGUUAAGCGCAAGUUUGAUAUGGUUCGUAUGGGUGUCAUGGAUGAUGGUGGACAUGGAGGCAAGCUUGCAUUUCUGGUUUGCCUCUACAAGCGGCUUCACACAGAAGUGAAGCUUCCCGUUCUAAUUGAUCUGAGCGAAAUGCAAUCCCUUCUUGAACUCCUUCUGUUCCUUUGUCAAGCGAUUUUCGAGAAGCUUGGACAAGCCAAAAUUCUACCAAACGAUCCUAUUAUACUCAAUGUAUACAUUACAGAGAUGAUCGAACUCUAUAAUAAUGCUCACGAACCGCUUAAAACCGUGGACCAUGUGCCAGAGUCCCCAAAAGAACCUCGAGAAGUUUUGGCAUGUCUGCACCAUCUGUUUCCAGGCGACCUUGAUUGUAUCAAUCUGCAGAGCAUAACCUACAAACAGUUUGCUAUCGUUGUUGGCUUCUACCUUGGUCAAACGGACCGGAUUCCCAGACAUAAAGCUGGCUUAUGGUAUCUGACCGGAAUAGCGACAGAUAUAGCGAACGCAGUUUACCCCCGAAGAGUAUCUGUACUACUCGACGAAUCUCACUUGUGCCCGACGGGUACCUUCUACCAUUCUGACUCUGGAGAUUCAGAAACAGAGGAAGAAGGUGAGGGCAUGCGCCAACUAGAGGGAGAAAUUACCAACCUGGACCUUUCGUCGAAAGAUGCCUCCAAUAGGCCAAGCAAGGACUAUUACACCAGUUCCCAACCUGAUACACCUUUUGCUAGUGUUGAUACACUACAGUACAUUGCAGGUCACCCUCAAAUAUAUCACAAAAUCCUCAUUCUAUAUGUUGCCCUCCACGGAGGCUCAUCUCAGGCUCCAUACGACUUUACGGCCUUGUACGAAGCCUUUAUGCAAAACGGACUGUUCAACUUUCUGAAACUCCUCCGCAGACGCCUAGCUGGAACCUUUCGGCCGUACAGAGCCUGCCGACAUGACCUCUUAGCAGACUUUGAGGACUUACGGCUGAGAGUCAAGACUCGAAAUGGUCACAACUUUACGAGACUUCAUAUUAGUCACCAACUUGAGCGCGGUUUGGACGACAAAACAGUUCUCCUGCUAUUAGGUCAGGCUGCGAGGAUACCUGUUCCUGAAUGUUCGCGUGACACUCUGGCCAAGAUUGCACUUCUGACAGGAAUGCUCCUCGCAGAAAGUGGUCGCUACAUACUAGACGACUCUUCAGUUACGAGCACUGGCUACAAAGUUGCUCUAUAUUACUUGCUGUUUCAAGAAUGUCCGCAUGCUACCUCACUUCAGUCUUCUGGGUCUAGAUCACCAUCCGCUACUGCCACGACUAGCGCUAUGCCUGAUGAAACAUUGAUUGGCAGCACGGACGAUCAAAGCUCUCGUGGCGACCGAAGUGAGUUCGACUUUGUUGAUGCGGAUGAAGGAUACGAGGCAGAACUUGUAUUUUGA